AUGGGACCAUUCCUCAACUGGGGCUACCUCGACGCCUUUUUUCUCCUCCUCGCGCUAUGGACACUAUUGAAGCUCAGUCAGGCUGUGCGGAAGCGGGUCAAAACAACCAAAUUGAAUGGUCCUCCUUCCUCAAGUUUGCUCUUCGGUGUUACUAGAGAUAUUGUUAAAGGAGACCAAGGCGUGUUGUACGAGCAAUGGGCGACGGAGUAUGGGCCUGUAUUCCAAAUUCCUACGAUGUUGGGCGGAAGACGAACGAUUCUAGUCGAUCCCAAAGCUGUUGCUCACUUUUAUUCAAGGGAAACGUUCACCUAUGUCAAUAGCAAAUUCUCAAAGAUGGCCAUUUCAAAUCUUAUUGGUAAAGGUCUUUUGUAUGCGGAAGGCGAGAGCCAUCGAAGGCAACGCAAAACCCUCUCACCGGCCUUCAGCAAUGCGGCUAUUCGUAACUUGAUUCACGUGUUCUUCGAUUCUGCAUACAAGGUAAAAACUGCAUGGGACGCGGUUAUUUCUGCUUCAGAUUCCGAUGAAGCAAUCAUUAACGUUCAAAAAUGGAUGAACUGUGUUUCACUUGAUAGUAUCGGUAUUGCUGGAUUCGGCCACGACUUCGGCGCACUGCAUGGAGAGCACUCAGCUAUUGAAGAGCUAUUCGACUCUUUCGGAAAUAUUCCACAAAAUCCCUUUAUAAUAUUACUUGGUUCUGUGUUUCCAUUUCUUAUUAGAUUACCGACCAAGCGCAAGCGCCUGAUUUCGAGGUUGCACAAUACGAUGGAAGACGUCUCAGAAAAGUUGCUUGCGCGGAGUCGGAAGGAAAAGGAAAUAGGUGGCGUUGCUAGCGACACAUCGCGCUCCAUCAUCGGGAGUCUGCUGAAAGCAGAGAAUGCCGACUCUGAACUGAGACUUAGUGGAGAAGAGAUGAAGGUGUUAAUCGUAGCCGGCUACGAGACAACGUCAAUCAGUCUUACUUGGGCUCUUGUCGAGUUGUCAAAACAUCAAGAAAUGCAGGACAAGCUUCGCGCAGAACUAUCUGAGUUCACGAAUAAAGACCCGACAUAUGAUCAAAUCUCGAACGGUCUUCCUUACCUUGACGCUGUAGCGCGUGAGACCAUCCGUCUGCAUCCGCCACUCGGAGUAACAGGGAGAAUAGCAGCGCAGGACGACGUCGUCCCGCUGAGCAAGCCGAUUAUAACGUCCUCUGGUGAAAAAGUCGAUCAUAUCACCCUUGCAAAGGGCUCUCAAGUUCUAGUGCCCAUUCGUAGCAUUAAUCAUUCAGUUGAUUUUUGGGGUCCGGACGCAAAGGAAUUUAAGCCAGAGCGUUGGCUGGAUAACGAAGCUGGGCUGCCAUCUGCAGCUAAGGAAAUACAAGGUUACCACCACAUCCUGUCGUUUAUCGACGGUCCAAGAACCUGCCUUGGUCGUGCAUUUGCCAUUGCAGAAUUCAAGUCCGUUUUGUCCGUACUGAUUCGCAACUAUGUGUUCAACCUACGAGACGGCCCAGAAACGAAAAUCGAUAAGAUCAAUGCGCUUCUUCCUCGCCCGAAGGUUGCCGGCGAAGACGGCUAUACUCUACCAAUGCGCGUACGCCGCUUUGAGUAUUAG